AAAAUAGUAACAACAUUUUUUAAACGUAGAAGUAGUAAAACCACAAUAAUGUUAAUGUCUGUGUAAACUUGUAAAGCAAAAUUUGAUUUAUAUGGACUUUGUGUAAAGCCAAGUUCAAUUAAAAGAUUUUUUGUGUUACGUGAAAUUUGGGCAAAUGAUACAAUUACCGUCAUCACAAUUGGUUUCAGGUUAUCGCCCCCUGACGCUGAUAUAUUGAACUAGGGCUGUUGAAUUUGUAGAACAAUAUGUUCGCCCACCUUACUUUAACACUUCUUUCACGGAAUGGAAAGGAAUGAUUCAAAUAAACUGUGCAGUAAUGGGAUGAACAUGCUUCUCUCCGCCAUUGAAAGAGAGCGGCAAGCCGCUGAAUUUUCUUUCAACUCCGCCAAAAACACGUCAUCGUUUAAUCCACAUGCACAAAACUGUGAGCAGACCACCGAAAUCGAAAGCAAAGGUCCUGAUUAUAGUCUUUCUUCAUGCUUAAACGUCACAAACCCACUGAAUGGUUUGAAUCUCCAGGCAUAUUCAUCACCUCUCAUGUUUCCUUUUAUAUCGCCAGCAAGUCAUACACAAAGCACCCUUACUCCACCAGCUGUACCGGUGUUUGGAUCUGUAGAAGGAACAAAUGUGUUUGAUCUCCGUUGUGUUGCCUGUGGUUUACAGUGCAAGACCAUCGCUGAGUUGCAUUGCCACAUAAUGAAACGGCAUUUAGCUAAUGGAUUGCAUGCCUCACCUGAUCUCAAACAGUCGGACCGUAUUUCUGCAUUUUCUGCAGAAUCUCAGGCAACGGAACCAACUAGAUUAAGUGAAAGUACAGAUCAUGUAUCAUCAUCAGAGUUCCCAAUUCCCACGCCAAACUUUGCUAUGUUGUCAAGUUUCCCUUCCUUACCAGCCAAUGGAUUUCGACCAGAACUAAGCUCCGUUUACCCGCCUGGUUCAACACCUGCCUUUGGCGUGCCUCAGUCAAUCAACUCAAUCCGUUUACCCCAAUUUCCGAAUACAUACAACGUGAUUAACCCAUAUCUGCCUUACUCAGGAUUAUUGGGAAUAAAUGGCGUUUUUCCAUCGGUAACUGUGCCCGCCAAUGUUAAUGCGGUAAUGCCGCCUGGAUACAACCCUUACGUUGGUUUUCCUUCGGUUGGAUCCCCGAACUUGCUUUCCACAAGAUUUCCUUUUAUUCCCGGCGCCGCAAUGAAUGCUGCUUUGGACAACAACAUCGGUACAUCUCCAACAAUGCCGGUUCAUGACAAGAACUGCAACGACCUCGUUAAUUCUAAAAUGCUUCAUCGUCACUUAGAUCCUCUCAGUGCAAACUCCAGACAUACGGAUCCGAUAAAGCGUCGCCUUUCAGCCCCAAUAAUUAGCCUUGGAAAAAACUUCAAGUUUCCCCACCCAUACAACAGACUUGCUAAAUCAACUGUAAGCAGUGGCCCUUCAUGUGCCGCGUUACCCGAACAUACAGAACAAGCUUUAGAUCCGAACUCUUACCGCCAUGCAUCCCGUCGCAGUUCCGUAUCCGAGAAACAAGAGACCGAUGAUAAAGGAUCAGGAAACCGAAUUAACGCGAAGUCUAUAGAACAACACAUUUCAAAAUUAAUUUCUAACAACGAAAAGGUUUUGCUUAACCCCGUUCUAGAGCGUGUGAAACCGCGCCGUGUCUUUCGUAGAAACAGUUUAGAUCCAGCCUCACUUUCAUCCUAUGCAGCGUCCAUAGCUGGAAGACAUGUUAGUGAAGGCUCCUAUCCUAAUGGGGAAGAAAACGGUUUAAAUAAGAUGUACGGUGAUGUGGUCCAACAAACAUUUGCACAAGACGGUUAUCCAUCACCUGACGUUAAACCGCCAGGCAUAUCAACCGCUGAAUACAACAAGAUGAUUGAACUGACCAGAGCACCUGGUAGUGGAAUUAGAAAACACUCGAUGGAAAACUACGAGAACCAUUUUCGGUUCAGUAGCAAUGACAAUGGGCCUGCUUCAAACCGAUUUCUUGGUAAAAGAAACUCUUUUUCCGGCCCAACAUUUACUGAUGCUAAGAAACCAAAACGGACAUUCUUUGAAUGCAGCGAUUGUGGUGUUCGGUACCGAAAAGAAGAAAACUACAUGAUCCAUAAACAGGUUUACUGCAAGUAUAAGAACAGGCGGGCUGGUUUUGGAGAAGAGCAAUCUUUCUGUUCGAGCAACAAACCUGAUAUUUCCCGUGUUCCUUAUAAUCGUAAUGUAUUGAAACCACAUAACAACAGUUCACUUGUAACAAGUAGUAGCCAAGCACACUGUGUCGUAACAUCCAGUUUACCGCCACAUUCAAUCGAAACUAUGUCUAUGAACCAAUCGUAUGCUGAUAUUUACAGAACUAAGAUUGCAGAAGCCGAAAGACUACAUCCGUUAUACCCAAUACAACAUCCAGAUACAGAAACUACCCAGACCGGAUCAACAGAUGACAAAGAAAUAUCAGAAGGAAACAAACAACCCGUGAAUACAAUUCCUACAAACAAACUCCCUCCCAAUAAACGUCAUAUGCAUCUAAUGCGACAUAAUGACGAUGAUAAAAAAACGGAAUCGGAACAUGGUUGCACCGGAAAAGAUUCCCCACAAAAACUUAAUGACAUAAGUAUUGCUGGCGAAGACGAACAAUUCCCACCAAGUCCUACCACCAUGUCAUCUGAGCGAAACGGUCAACAAUGGCGCUCCAUCAGUGAAGGUAACACCUCUACUAACGACUUAUUUCAUUUCGCCGAAUCGUCGGUUCCCCGAAGCAAUUACAAAUUACUUCUGCAUCAAAUUAGUUUACGUAACUUGCAAGACAUGGGCUUAAUAACGAAACCACAGACGCUGUCAGUACCGAAGGAACCAACGGCGAAACAGUGGCAUCAGGCGCAGAAGAAUUGCUACGUUAGCCACCUGGAUAAAUUACGUAGGAGUUCAGUUGAUGUGUCACCUCUCGCUCAACACGUGCGAAGACCGUCACUACCAGUCAUGCUGCCAAUGUACCCACCCAAUGGUUUAGCUGUAAACCGAAUUCCAGAGCUGCGAAACGAUUUCUCUUGGCUCGGUUCAUCUUCACUAGGAGGGCAAAUUUCAAGCGAUCGAUCGUCGCAACAACAUUAUUUUCCUAAAGAAUCGACCAUUGUUCCGCCCAAACAUACUCGCGAAGAGACAGUAAAUAUACACAAGCCACUUACAAAAGCAGAUUCUGCAGUUGACGUCAAUAACAACAACAAUGAAAGCGACAGGUCCAAUUCUCCCAUGGAAGCCUUACCGCUGAACAAAAGUCAACCACCCACAAUUUCGCCUCAUGAUUUACUUCAAGAAAAAGAAAGAGCGCAAAAUGUGCAGGAUCGUAUUAACACAAGCGAUGUGAACAGCACAACCACCGAGCUGUUGGUUUCUCCUUCGUCAACUAUAGACAUUGUUUCAACUGAAACAAAGCUCGACAGUCCGCAUGGGGUUCGAAUAUCCCGCCUCUUAUACCCACACAUGCACCCGACACUUGGAUCUGAAGUGCAUUCAACUUAUUGCAGCAUCACCAGCCCCCAGCCCACUUAUGUAGAGGUAACAAAGCAGGGUGACACACCGCUUUCAAUGUACAGCCAAUGGGCGGUAUCGGAACCAAUCCUAAUGCCUCCUGAUAUGACAGUAACGGAUAUAUUAAACUGCUGCAGGCGGUCGAAGGAAGGUUUCAGGAAAGGAGUUAUCGUAACCGCAAAAGCAGCGGAGAAGUUAAUCGUUACAGACACAAACAAAGCGUGGAAGUCAAGCUCCGACACCAAGCAACCUGCUAUUGACGAUCUCAAUUGUUCUGAAGCGGACGAGGGUUCCGAUAUAUUUGUCCCCAAACUGCUCAUACCGACUACGGAUAUUUCAGCGUGUUGUAUCUAUACUUCAUGUUGUUACGCCAGCAGCACUCCACGUAGACAAGUUGAAACUAGCGACAGUUUAAAGCCGACAGAAUCAGAUGUUGCCAGCAAUGAUUGUGCUGAUAAUGUCGAUGGAAAUAACGAUGAACCGGAGUCAAGUUACAUUGAUGUUGUUUCCAUCUGCGAAAAGUCCCCACAUAUAACCCACACUGAGCAUGAUAAUGAGCCGAUGGAGAAGUCAAAUGAUUCCCCUCGGGGUGAAGAUUCCGCAAAAGAAUCGCUCCCUCAAGCUAUAAGGCAGGCUGUGCAUCCAAGCAAGACGUGUGGGGAGUUGUCAGAUCAUGUGUUACGUCGCUGUUCAUUGUGCAGCAUCAAAGCUGGACGUAGCGACCUUGUACCUGAAGCUACUUGCCAGAUAUGUCGAGAUUUCGCAACAACUUGCUUCACGAAAACUACAACCUCAAUCCCCAUUCUCUCCACUAUUAAUAACUCAAGCUCAACGUCGUCGUAUUCCCACUCUAAUGGUUACUUAGAUAAAACGAAAGCGUUAUCUGGUAGCACGCAACAUUGGGUUUCCAACACAACACGUGAAAAUCAAACUGUGUUUCAAUACCCAUCUCCAAACUCAAGAAAAGCAAGUUUGAAUGAAACCAAUUCCCCUCAUUCACCCACCCCAUCCACAACGUCGCUGGGUGAUGGAGAACACGAAACGAUGCCUGGGAACGAAGAUGGCGGGUCAGUAGUCAGUCCAUCGCUUGCUGAGGUUGUGUCUGAGGUCAUACGAUCCGCUGCAAUCCAAUCGAAGCUGCAAACCACAAAGAAACAUCGUCUGCCGCAAAGCCGACCUCUACACCCUUUAACUUCCCCACACGAUAUUUCCCAUCAAACAAACGAAGAAUAUUCAACAAACAACAGUAAUGCUACACAUCGGUCGACUUUGCAACACGAUCAAGUUAAUGAUUCUGUUGAUACGACUUCAGGUAGUGACGCAACGUUACAACAUGAUGACGAAAUCACGAAGUCUUGCGCGAAACUCAACUGGCGACGGCUGGCUCUUUCAUCAAGGGAAUCUCAAUUAUUUCUAUACAAAGCGAACAUGUUACAACAAACAAACGAGCACGAGCUUUCAAACAAUAAGGGAGGGACAGAGGACCAAGAUGACGUCACAACCAUUGUUAAUACAAAUGAUUCAACACAGACCUUCCACUCCGAUGAUCAUAAACUAAAUGAGAGUGAUUCAAUAUAUCAAGAUUCCAUGGUAUUUGAAAGCGACGACGAUCAAGAGCAAAUUACUUCGGAUGAUGUUCGUGGAUCUUCACUCGCUCGAAAUUGCGACGAUACAGCGCGCCCUUACAAAUGUACUGAAUGUAAAGUUGCCUUUCGAACAGGUGGACAUCUUGCAAAGCAUCUACGUUCAAAAGGCCAUACUGUUGCCAUGCAGAAGAAAACGCUUAACAGACUGAAGAUGCACAAACUUGGUACUCCAGCACCACACCCGGGAGUUGCACACGAUGAUGUGAGAACCCCUCAACAUGCUGAUGGAGUCUUGUCAUCAACUGUUCCUGUUACGACAAGUUGUAAAGCUUCGCCAGAGUUGUUGGAUGGAACUGGUGGUUUAGCACGCGCACAAGUUCGUGCAUUAUUCGAAGGCAACGAUGAAUAUGCUUGCGUUCCACACUGCGGCAGUUGCGAUGACGUAAUCACGACGGAUAAUGCCGAUGAAUUGCACAAUCCAAGACCUUUCAAAUGCCUUGCUUGCCGCGUUGCUUUUCGCUUUCAAGGUCACCUUGAUCGUCAUUUCCGGUCAAAUCUGCACCUUAUUGCGGUUGGUCAUUAUGACCAUGAUAAAAGCGAAAUUGAUGUUUUACCCGAAACUGAUUGUCGUCUUUUGACGUCAUCAACUCCUCUUCCUAGCGACUCCUUAGUUCCAUCAUCCGCUGCCAAACCAUUAAGCCAUGAAGCGGCAAAAUUACCACACGCGUACAAUCACUUAACGAACUCAUCGCUUCAAAAAUCGACAUCAUCUCUGUACGGUGUCACUCACGUUCCAUCGCGGAGAAAUUCAAGUUUAAUCAAUCCUGAUGAAUCAAAUAUAAUGAAAUCUCAAUCAACAGAUAGUAGACCAAGCUCUGUCCAUGCAGAAUACAUCGACGGAUCGGUUCUCCCACCAAACAAGGGUUCAAGUGCUGGUGUAUAUCGUGUCACACCAUGUAAUUGAACGCUACCUCAUCCAAUAAUGCAAAAUGCGGUUUACUCGGGUAACUCGGUACAACAGGAAACUCGUCCACCUUAAAAACCCUUAUCUUAUAUAUAAAUAUAUAUUGUGUGUGAACCUCCAACCUAUUGUUGCCUAUACAGUUGAGAGAUUUCCUCAAGUUCCUGGUUUUGUUCAUAGGUUUUUAUUUUCUUGUAGACAUCACUUUUUAUUGCAAAUGAUAUCAUUCCUAUUUGCGUGAAUGGCAUAAUCAAUGCAUUUGGUGUUAUAUUUACAACGUGUCACCGGUGCUGAAAAGCAUGACACUAACUACCCAAGAAACGCCAUACCCCCGAAGUGGUUUCUUUUCGCCCCUUCGUCUGUCGUAGUCGGCCUUGUUUUUACGUUUUGCUUUAAGCAGAUAUUAUUGAUUUAAUUGUUUUCUAAUAUGCUUUGUCACCUGUGCAAUCGUUAAGGUUCCAGUUUUCGUUGUUUUUUUACUCCCAGCGCUUAUUUAGCGUGAAGUUCACUUGCUCGUGCUAAACACAAACCAUGCGCAGGUUUUAAUCGUUCCCUCAGCGACCCCGCGUUUUAACCUACGAUGUGCUAACUAUAGCUUUGAGAUUAUGUUUUCCAGGUGCUGUGAUUAACCCCGAGCUUGCGGUGGUCUCCCGCCUUCUGCUAUUGUUCCAUUGUAAUUUUGCCGAACGUACAUAUGUCCGUAUUGGCUGUUAAGCUCGUUAACUGAACCACGUUUACUUAAAAGUUUUAUCUCGAACAUUCCAGUUUAGAUCAUUAACUACAUCUCACAUAGAAACAUGUGCUUUUGGUAUUGUUCUGAGGCGCAACAUAAUAUGCUAACAAUUUGUUCUUACUAUUGUUCCAUGUCACUGCAGUACAAUUUACACGCAUUGAGUUCCAUUAAAUCAAGAAAUUGCACUCGCAUGUCACUCGGGCAAGUUCCUUAAGCUCCAAUUUAACUUGUAGUACCAACAAAUAGCAAUUCACCUAAAAAUUUGAAUCAAUUUAUUCUUUUACCUACUAUUACACGUGUAUGCAUAACAUUGCAACUUUAAAACGGUUCGUCUUUUUCGUUUUAAUCGGAACUGUUUAUAUCGAUUAACAGUGCAACCAUCUGGACUUCUGUGUGGUUUGAUUGAAAAGAACCAACGUUGUUUAACCGAGAUAUUUCCUUCCUAUGUUUGUUGUAUAUCGUUUGCUUUCUCAGAGAUUCUUGCUUUGUUUAUGAUCCGUCGCUUUUUCUCACUUGAAUAAACCGAAACACCGGUGGAA